UCUUCCACAGUUUUAUCAAAUCUAUACACUUUUCUCUCUUCUUUUUUUAUUUUUAUUUUUAAAUUUUUUUGCAAAUACGGUCUUUACUAAUUAUCCAGUGACUGUUGAGUUUGUCUUGGGCAGUUUUCACAAUGAAUCCUCCUUGUGGAAGAUGCAAGAAGCCAGUUUAUCCAACAGAGAAAAUCAACUGCCUUGAUAAGUUUUGGCACAAGGGAUGCUUCAGCUGUGAAGUGUGCAAGAUGGCCCUGAGCAUGAGCAACUACAAGGGCUUUGAGAAGAAGCCCUACUGCACAAUGCAUUACCCAAAAACCUCCUUCACCAUAGUGACGGACACCCCCGAAAACAAGCGCCUAAAACAACAAACCAUGCUCAACAGUCAGGCGCUUUAUAAAGAGGAGUUUGAAAAGACCAAGGGCAAAGGCUUCAGCGUUGUGGCCGACACUCCAGAGAUGCAAAGAGUGAAGAAAACACAGGAUCAGAUCAGUCAUGCGCUUUACAAAGAGGACUUUGAAAAGAACAAGGGCAAAGGCUUCAGUGUGGUGACCGACACUCCCGAGAUGCAGAGGCUAAAGAAGACUCAGGACCAAAUCAGUAAUAUUAAGUACCACGAGGACUUUGAAAAGAGCAAGGUUCGCAGCGAUGCCCCUCCACCUGAGAAUAGAAGAGACGAUGAGCAACCAAGUGAUCCAAGAUUGAUUCAACCAGCUGUACAGCCUCGUCCUGUGGCGCCACCUGCUGGAGGGCCUCGUUACCAGGCCCUGUACAGCUACACAGCAGCAGAGGCAGAUGAAGUGUCACUGCAGGAGGGAGAUUUGAUCCUAAACGUGGAGACCAUAGACGCGGGAUGGGUGUUUGGGUUCAACCAGCGCACAGGACAAAGAGGAAUGCUCCCUGCUAACUAUAUCCGGCCAAUUUGAAACCGUAGGCCUGUGG